AUGGAGGGUUUGCAGAGAUCUGCAGUUUCUUUCCGGCGGCAAGGUUCAUCGGGAUUAGUUUGGGACGAUCGGUUUUUGUCCGGCGAGUUGAAGCAAACGGCGACGACGUCGGAGAAAGAAUGGGAAGAGAAUCAAGAUCAAGGGAAGUCAACGGCAACGGCGACGGGAGUGGAGCCGAUCAGUAUUACGAUCGAGAGGAGCCGAUCCAACGGUGGCCGUGGGUAUCGAACUGGGAAAGUGUCGCCGGCGAUUGAGCCACCGUCUCCGAAGGUCUCGGCAUGUGGAUUCUGUAGCGCGUUUGGGAAACCGGCGAAGAAGAGUCGCCGGACGAAAACGGGUAAGCGUAGAUCGAGGUAA